UCGAGUGCGUAAGAUGAUCAUAAAUAUCGGGAAAGUGCUCUUGAUGCCACGAGAAAGUGUAAGUCCGCGCAGACACCAAUAAGGACGACAAACCAGGAGAAAUUAAUAGGAUAUACAAUAUUGAGAAAUCACAGCGCAGAAAUGUACGCGAGUGACCAAUUGACACGCUGCUAACGACCAUGAUAAUUAACGCAAAGAUAUUCUUGCGGUGAUGACGAUGAUGACGAAAUCUGCUAAUGUGCCACCUGACGGAUUCGAGCGACGUGAAGAUGUCAUAUGAAGUUGUAACUAGAUUUUUUUGAGUUAUGUAUAUUAUUGUUACAGAGCAAGAAGAAGACUCAUUUGUUCCACUAAUGCAUGAAAGAAUAAUUCUCGGAUGACAUGCAUUUGGAUACUGAUGUUUGGCGGUGGAAUUAAAUGGAAAUGGCAACAAUAUUAACUAAUUUGUUCGGCACAACUUCCGUUUUUGGAUUAAGUUUGAUUCCGCUUUUGGCAAUCGGUCUCACUGUUUACAACUACAACACCCUGGAUCCAGAAUCGCAUCCGCAAAAUGCACAAGAGUUGCUGCGAAUGUACGACUUCAUAGUGAUCGGAGGUGGAAGCGCAGGUGCCGUGGUUGCCUCAAGAUUGUCGGAGAUAGCUAAUUGGACGGUGUUGCUCUUAGAAGCUGGCGAUGACGAGAACGAAAUUUCGGAUAUUCCUUUGCUUGCCGGAUAUACUCAGCUCACAAAAUUCGAUUGGAAGUAUCAAGCCUCACCGUCUACCACAUCCUCUUAUUGCCUCGCUAUGAACGACAACAAGUGUAAUUGGCCACGUGGCAAGGUUCUGGGAGGCAGCAGCGUUCUUAAUGCUAUGAUUUAUGUUCGUGGUAAUCGACACGAUUACGAUAAUUGGGCUCGAUUAGGUAAUGAUGGCUGGAGUUACGAGGAAGUGCUUCCAUAUUUCCUCAAAUCCGAGGAUAAUCGAAAUCCAUACUUGGCGAGAACACCUUAUCACAAGACAGGAGGUUACCUGACCGUGCAAGAACCACCCUGGAAGAGUCCUUUGGCGAUCGCUUUCUUGCAAGCCGGCCAAGAAAUGGGCUACGAGAACCGUGAUAUAAAUGGAUCCAAUCAAACCGGCUUCAUGCUGACCCAGGCAACGAUUCGACGCGGCAGUCGAUGCUCGACGGCGAAGGCUUUCCUACGACCGGUGAAAAAUCGGUUGAAUCUGCAUAUAGCGAUGCACACUCAGGUUCUAAGGCUACUCUUCAACGAUAAGAAGAGAGCAAUAGGCGUGGAAUACCUCCGUGACGGUAAACAAGGAAUCGUGAAAUGCAGACGGGAAAUUAUCUUAUCCGCUGGCGCGAUUAAUUCGCCCCAGUUGCUUAUGCUAUCUGGAAUCGGUCCCGGUGAACACUUGGCCGACUUCGGCAUACCGGUGCUGUCCAAUCUACGGGUCGGGGACAAUCUUCAGGACCACGUGGGCCUCGGCGGGCUCACCUUUCUCGUGAACAAGCAGAUCACUUUGAUGAGGCAGCGCUUUCAGACCUUUUCGGUGAUGUUCGAAUACAUUGUGAACGAGCGAGGACCUAUGACUACACCGGGAAUCGAGGGUUUAGCUUUUCUCAACACCAAAUACGCCAACAAAUCCGGCGACUAUCCGGAUGUGCAGUUCCACUUCGCCCCAAGUUCCGUCAACUCCGACGGCGAGCAAAUUAAAAAGAUCACCGGUCUGAAGGACCGGGUGUACGAUACCCUGUACAAACCUUUGCUCGAAGCUGAAACCUGGUCGAUUCUACCGCUCCUGUUGCGGCCCAAAAGCACAGGAUGGAUCAGGUUAAAGAAUAGAAACCCUCUGAUCCAACCGGAAAUUAAUCCCAACUACUUCACGCAUAAAGAGGAUAUGGAUGUUCUUGUGGAAGGAAUUAGGCUGGCGAUGCAGGUGUCCGACACCAAAGCGUUCCAACGAUUCGGUUCGAGGCCUCACACCGUUCGCAUGCCGGGUUGCCAGAACUUUGCGUUCGACACUUACGAAUAUUGGGAGUGUGCCGUGCGACACUUCACUUUUACGAUUUAUCAUCCAACGGGAACUUGCAAAAUGGGACCACGGAGCGAUCCUACGGCCGUCGUGGAUCCUCGAUUGAGGGUUUAUGGUGUUAAAGGACUUAGGGUAGUCGAUGCCUCCAUAAUGCCGGUCAUCGUCAGCGGUAAUCCGAAUGCGCCGACGAUCAUGAUCGGCGAAAAGGCCAGUGAUAUUAUUAAGGAGGACUGGCGGGUGAAGAGGAAACGAAAUGUCAAAAGAUGACGGAUUAGUAGAUAUUUGAGGGGAUCCUAAACGUCUUUGAGUUUUAGUCCUGUUUUAUCGACAAAAUUUAAGAUACAACUGCAAAUUCGUUAUAGGUAUCUUUGAUAUUAGAGUAUUUUUUUUUAAGCUUGACUAUCAUACAC